CGUGAACGUUUGUUUGAGGCGGCAGAAUUGGUGUGCCGCUGGUUGGUGUGUACUAAUUUUAUUUUCAAAGUAGUCAUGAACAGCCUCGCACAAUAAGAUGCUUAGAAACGUUGCCGUGAACAGUGCACCAUCAGUUACACCGCAUCACAAGUGACUCAAAGUUUUCUUGCAAGCCGGGGAACAAAAAAGGCCAUGGAAUCCGCCACCUUAAAAGAUGCCGAAAACGCCGCUUCAAACACGACACAAUGGAUGAAGCCUAACGAUAUCCUCAAGCUUCGCAAGGCUGGCAGGCGUCGUCUGCAGCCCAGAGCUCUGCAACCAGUUAGCGUGAACGCCAUCAGCACUACAAGUCUUCCCCUGAAGCGUGAAUGCAGCCUCAACCCUUUUCGGUGUCCAGUGCAGAAGAAACCUCGGUUAGAAGACGUUCACCCCCUGCUGCACAGGACAACAGCACUCCCUCCGACUGUGUCGCCACAGAGACUCACGGUGACAAAGGUUGCCGUUGACUCCUAUGAUGACGAAACACGGCACUCUCUGGUGGAUGGCGCAAAGGCUGAACAGUCCAAACAGUCGGCAAAACUGCCGGGUCUUCCCCUGGACUGGAGCCUGAAAACUCGUGUGCGCUUCUGCUCGACCAGCCACUUCCCCUGGAGUGGAAGCCUCAAGACAUGCGAGGAGGCCAGUGGGACCACAGGAUUUGUGCGGGGCAUCCAUUCUGAGUGCUGCCAGGAGUCUGCAGCAGAGCGAGGGAGCCUGGACAGUAGCCCGCAGGCACGUUUCCACCAGCACUGCCUCGUGUGGCUGCACCCGCACCUGCCCUGGCUGCGGCUGUUUCCCCGCCACGGGGUGAUGGCCAAUGCGUCAGUGUCCAAGGAGGCCACCUCCCUGUUUGCCGACCCCGCCAGCCCCGCCCGGGCGGCCCUGCAGGGGGACUGGGCGCAGGGCUUCCGCUCCCUGUACCAGCUUCUGCGCGCCCGCCAGUGCCCCUACUUCUACGUCUGCGCGCCCACAUUCACCGUCCUGUUCCGGGCUGCGGGGGUGGCUGGCCUGGCGGACCUGCAUGCCUUGCUGACGCCCACUACGCGAGGCCUCAGGCAGGCACUUCGUGACGAAGGCAUUACAUUCAGCAUGCCUCUGUGCACCAGCCAAGAGCAGAUGGACGAGACAGUAGAUGGUGCCUCACAGUCCCCGCCUUCCGAAGCCAAGAGCGACGGUCAAGACGAGAACGUAGCAGAAGAGGAAACAGUGACCUGGUUGGAAAGCUUGGGCCUCAGCCAAGCAGAUUUUCCUUCUCUCAACACGACACGGAACAAAAUGUUGGACGAGAGCAGGGAUGACCGCAGACCUAGGUCACUGGUCUUUGUCGAGAGGGGAGAGACGCUGGCCCUGUUCAACUUCCUUCUGAACAGCCGAGCCUGUGUCUGCCCCACGGGGCCCCUGGCCGGUGUGCCACCUACGCUCAUUUCCCCUGUGGCCUUCCAUGGAGCCAGUUUGCGCUCGCUCAAGGUGCGUCAAGGCUGGGUCAAGCAGAAUGACACAGAUCUACACAUGGUGGAGAUGAGUGGGCCUAUCCUUCCCAAUGCCCUGCAUGGCCUGUGCACCCUGUUUGGGAGCAGCCAGGACAAGGGCGCCUUCUCGUUUGUGGCAGCGCCAGACACUCCCACGGCUGCCUUCAACGCCUUCCACCCUCAGCCGUCGGCUGCACCUGCUGCUUUCGCAACCGAGGCGCUCAAGGACUGCGGUCUGUCACUGCCCUUUGUGCAGCGGAUGUGUGGGAAGCCCGACGGACCGACACCUGUGCUCACCCGUGUCCAAGUCGAGGACGGCAGCUAUGACAUCUCUGGUUGCCUCUAGGAGUGCCGGCUUUGAGCUGGAGAACCGCUUGAGAAACUUGGUGGUUUCGUUACCAUUGCUUGUGCUGUUAUGAUUGGACCGUCAGGGCAGUCUUGAUGCAUCGAUUCCAGGCUGUGGGUGUUUGCAAGCAUUGCUUGCUGCCUUUGCAGCUUCCAGAGACCCACUCCCACGCAUGUGAGGAAGGACAGCGUGUGCUUCAUCUCAUUGCUUUCUUGCAUUUGGGAUGAAAGACUGACUUUUAUGACCAGCCUGAAAACUGGUGAAAUGGCACUUUACUGGCCUUCCCGACGGGACUCUUUUGUUUUCGUGCUGGAACAGUUAUUUAGGUGACAGCUGGGGAUCGACUACAAGCAUUUUACUGUGUUUUAAGGACUCUGGCAUGUGACUUGGUUAGUUAUGAUGUGGGUGUUAUUUGUUUUGUUAGACUACUUACACUGCCAUCUCAGUAGUUUCCCGCAGCAACAAAGGCUACAAGAUCUUCUGAGGCUGUCGUUGAGCAGCGCAUAUAGUGCCUGCAACGAACACUUGUUGCUUGUAUCUACGGCAACACUACACAGAUUGACAUAUGUAGUGAUGUAGAAAUAACCUUUUAUGAGUUACGGAAAUGCAUCGAACAAUUUGUUCACGACUUUUAUUUUUUAUCCAAGGGUGAAAGAAUGAGAAGUAGGCUUAUAUUUUUGCUGCCUGACAAAUUAGAGAUAACUGUCCCCCACCUAACAUACUGUAUUUACAACCUGAGAGGCAAUAUUUAUUGCAAGCAGCAUAGUUUAACAGUGGACGUCGGCAAAUGGUCAGUGCUCCGCAUUGUGCCAUUGUGCCGUACACCAUCCGCAUUGUGCCGGAUGGUGUAGCAUUGCUGGAAAGCCAGUUUGUGCAUGAAGGUGGUAAACUAGGAGAGCCCUGGAAGGAGUUUGGGAGCAAAGAGGCUAUAUGUUCAAUCAUCAAAAGGCCUGCAGCAUUUGCAAAUGUGGGCGAAUGCUCAUGUACCAUUGACCUGCCAAAUAUGACCAGGCUGGGGAAGUGCAGUUGGCCAAAGAGUUCUUGCGCAGUGGCAUGAACAAAAAUAUGCACGGAUAGACCGGGCGACAUUGACUUCAGUGUGCUGCAGCGUUUUUGAAGCUUCUACUGUAGAAAUGAACUAUGACUGUUGGUGUUAACCGCAGGGAGUCAUCGUAGGCACAAGCAGAUGAUAGGGCAGCGAUCAACGCUUUCUCGAUAAUCAUCCCCCUCCAUGUUGGCCAGCAACAUUUGUAGCCUCUACACUACUGCAGGAAACUAUGUCGAAUUCAAUACGACGUACACGUGUAUGUCGGAUACGAUGUGUACGCGUACUUGUCGGAUACGACUUAAAUCUAAAAAGUGUCUUGCUGAUAUCCAGCAUGUAAAAGGUAUCUGCUUUUAACCCGCCGUAGUUGCUUACUGGCUAUGGUGUUGGGCUGCUAAGCGCAAGGUCGCUGGAUCGAAUCCCGGCCACGGCAGCAGCAUUUCGGUGGGGGCGAAUUGCGAAAACACCUGUCUACUUAGAUUUAGGUGCACGUUAAAGAACCCCAGGUGGUUGAAAGUUCCAGAGUCCGCCACUUGGGCAUGCCUCAUAAUCGGAAAGUAGUUUUGGCAUGUAAAACCUAAUCAUUUAGUUUUUUAAUUAAAGUAUCUGCUUUUAAUGAAUUUCUGAUAUACCGAAGGUAUUUUAGUGUUGAAUGUGAUUUCAUUAUUACGAGCUUUGACUAUACUGUGGUGGAGUGUACGUGCUUCAUACUUGCCUUUAGUGCUUGUCGUAAAUUUGUUUCAUGCGCGAGGCAAUGCUGGUAAAAUGUUGAUGAAAUUUAUAUGGGCGAUGCAUGCUGGUUGAAUGGAGCGUCUGGUAUUUGCAGCUUGUGUGGGUAGUUCUCGUCAUGUGGUGUGAUGCUCUGUUGCACUUGGUGCAGCACUGACAAGCUUGCCUGCAGGGCUGUGUUGAUAACCAUUUGUCAAAGUUGUGCUCUACCUGAUGGCUGCAGUGUACAUUUUGCAUUUUCUCUGUUGUGCCAUCAAGACACCCACCCAGCUUGCGUUACACGAGCAACAAGUAGCUUCUUUUUCUUUUUUUGCAAUUGUUUGUCUAUUGUAAAACUUGAAGCACAGGUUGCUGCAUUGAGUUUGUUGCUUUGUAGUAAUGUUAGGUUAUUUUUGUGCAGUUGCCUGGUGGUGGGUCACGGUGGUGCUUGUUCUAGAAGGCUUUCACAGUGAUCGCCCCCAUAUUGAAUGUACAGCAGCGCACUGAAUAUUGAGAUUGUCUUAUAGGCACUGUGUGACGCAGGUUUGCAGCUGUUUUUGUCGUGUCGAACCAAGUGAACAGAGAACCUCUGUGGGCGAUUAUAUGAGGUAGCGGAUUCUAUUUGUCACGAUAGCACAUUUGGAAUGCAACAGAUGAAGCGAAAGAGAGGAAACUAAAUUUUUGGAAAGAUCUGUGUAGGUUUUACUAGCUACACAUCGUAGGCUGUGAAGAGCUGCCAGUAUAUUUGUGGUCUACAGCUGCACUGCUCUUCCUUACCUUUGGCAAAGAAGGCAACGACCACACUUAACCCCCUUCCAUGCCACACUAUUGUACCGAGUUCUGACCAGAAAUUGUCAAAUUAUUAUUGAAAAUCUUAAAUUCCAACAUGUUUUAGUUCCUCGGAAAGAAUAAAUUUGUUCUGCUUACGUGCUGUCCCAUCGAUUUCAUGCUGCCAUCUACCAAAAGUAUGACUAUGCAUCGAGACGAAACUAGGCUUGUGUAUUGCAUUGCUAGAAAAUGCAAAGCUCCGUUAACGAGCUGAGGUCGCCCUUGGCCGUUUUUACCAUAAACAUGGAGAUGAACCCAACUUGUCCAAGGCACAGAAAGGUGUAAGGUGCAAGGCAACCCACCAUGGCGGCUCAAUAGCAUGAGGUCACAGGUUGAAUUUCCAGCCAUGGUUGCUGCAUUGCAAUGCAGAAAUGCUUGUGUACUUGGAUUUAGGUGUGCAUGUUUUGUGUGUGCCAAUUUUUAAAGGCUUUCGAGGCGUAUACAUAAAGCUGGAUAGAUUGAUGCAGAGUGUGGGUAAAGACUUGUUCGUUGUAAAUAGAAUGUACGAGGGCAUGUAGACAAGUACUACUGGUGUCUGCCGAAGGCAGACUGUAGCUCACUAGUGAAUGAAAGAGGAGGCUUGUGGUUGUGCCAGUAUGCACUGGAAUUCUAUUUCAUGGAUGCCGUAACUCGCUCCUUCUAGGUAGACAGUUCAAUUGUCAAGGAGGCUUUCAAGAGAAGAGCAGUGGGCAUCCAAAUGGUGACGGAAUGGAAAUGCAGCACCGAGAGUUUGUAAGCAAAGCGAAGUGGCUUUGAAUUCGAGGUGCAUUAGCGCAAGCUCUUGGGCUAGUUGGUGCAUGAUGAACUCCGUCCUUGUCCAACGCCUUUUCCUUGUGUGCGCAUCCUUUGUGUUCCGCUGCUACCCCCUUUUAUCAAGUUUGAAUUUGAGCACAAAAUGUGGAGGCUAGCCGGUGAUGACAGCAGAGAAACUGAGGCGGGCCAACCUGAGGUCUGGGAGUGAGAGCUUUAAAAUGUCGCAAAUGUUCACGGGACCACAGUGCCAACUGCGUGAUGAAGAGAUAAGGAAUCUCUUGGCACAGUGUAAACAUUCAUCUGCUCGGGUUGCAGCUUGAAGCUCUGUCAUACAACUGUGAAGUUUUUACUGUUUCAACAGUUUGGGACUGUGUACAUUUAAAAAGAAAAUUGAACUUUAUGCUGGCGUUUUGUACAAAGCUUUGACUUGUAUGUCGUACAGUGUCAUUUUAUUCUUACUUAUUUGUGACUUGUGUGGAAACUAUAGUAGUGCAUUGCCAAAACAGUAGUACUGCCGCUGCUGACUUGGCAGAGGGUUAGUUUUUCAUAUCACAAUAGGGGGUCAAACUCUGUGCAUGAUGUACCAUACAAAGGACACGUUUUAGCCUCAUAUUGUUUGAGACACCAGCAAGACCUGUGAAUAUGACAAUAGUGCUUUUAGUGUGGUGUGGAGUGCCAAAAGGUCUGCCGCUGAAUUUUUUAUGGACAAAAUAUUUGCUGUUUGCUCACAAUUGCAUGUCUUCCUUUAUUAUAAGCCUGUUUUGAAUAUUGAGGUAUUGCAUGUCAUUGGUUUAGCUAAGUAGUGUGGUUCAUUAUUACCAUAUAAUACUAAUAAUGACCCGCAUGGCUUUUGUUUAUUUCAAUUCUUGCUUUAAAGAAAAAUUGUUUCAAGAAAAAUUGUUUCAUAACUUCUUACGUUUAACCUCUUGAUGAAAACUUCACCAAGUUUGCUUGAUAUGUAUGUAGUUGAUUGUUUAAAAAGGAAGACACAAUUUUGAUUCACUAUACCAGCACUCGUCCAUGUUAUGUCUGUGUAGGCUUGUGUGAAUCUGUUUGUGUUGUCGCAACAUUGUUGCUGAGGUUGCGUGGUCAUGCACUGUAAUCUCGUCCCCUCAUGACAGUUGUGCGAUUGUAAAAUGUGUACUGGUUUUAAAGUUCAGGGGUUUUAAUGGUACAUUCAUUUGGCUGAAAUUGAGCGCUCUAAACAGUCACUUGAUUCAGCAAGGAUUUAAACUGCGUGACAAAGCAGACUUCCAGCUGGCUUUAUUUCGUGAAGGCAGGGAAUUUAUAAGGUUCUGAAAAAUAGAAAAAACAAUGAACAGUUGCGAUUUAAUGUUGAGUUUAAAAUUUUGCUGAAUCUGUGAACCGGUUCACUUGGUUCUUUCAUAGUGUUGCUCUCGAGCUCGUAGCACUCUGUUUUCCCCACCUUUGCCCUUAUAGCAUGACUGAGAUCCACUGUAGUUCUGGUCACGUGGCUGCUGCAGCUUUUCUUGGUGUGCCAGCUGUUUGUUUACAACAGCAGCAGCUCUGGCACUUUUUUUUUUGCUUCCAGCAUCCGAUUGCUCUGGUGAGGUGAACAUUUGGCUCAGGCAUGAUUUCUCCAGACUUCGAUCUAGCGCGGGCCCCGCAUUGUUAAUGUCGGCGAGAACCAACCAACCAUAUGUACCUUAAGAUGAUGUGGGGGAGGUGUCAUUCAGCUGAUUGUGUAUGUAACUAUUCUGUAACUAUAGUCAUUUGUGUCAAUUUUGAGUACGUCUAUUUAUAGCAUGCAGUUUUAUUCCUUUUUUUAAAUAUGCUUGUGAUUGUGUGGUUGUUUGAAAUGUCAGCUGGCUCAUGGAACAGCUGGUCAUAGUUCAACAAUGGCCUCCUCGACCAGACGACUGGCAAGUGGAUUUGCAAGCACUGCCUGAAGGAGCAUUGUACAAAGAUCAUCAGUACAGCCAGUGCUGUUUUAUCUCCAUCAGCUUUAAUCAUUUUGCCUGUGAGCACUUGGGAAGUCUUGCACAUUCAGCGUACUGCACAUUGCCACUUUCGAGCUUUACACCUUAAUGUCUCAAUCUGUUGUCACGGGCUGCCCGAGGCACUGCUUUCAGCCAACAAAAGCGUUACAGUAUGCAGUGUUUCAGGCAGCCUUGUACAACAAAAUGAUUCUUGGAGUAAAGGCACUCAUAUUUUGCCAGUGUGUAUUUUUAUGUGUAACUUGAAAAGCAGUCUUGCAUCAUGAACUCGCCACAUGAUGAAAAUGUAGUUGGCCCUUCUGUUCUGACUUCACUUCAUCCCCUCCCCCCCUCACAUUGCACUUUUCACCUUCUCAGCACUGAUGGGUAUGUCUGGGUGGGAGUUUUCUACUCUUUUGGUUACAUCAUAUGUGGACAAAAAUAAACUAUUUAUUUUUCUC